CAGGAAACGAAAAAGUUCACAAAGUUUAGAGCAGAUCUUUUGAAAACAAUGCAUAAAUAUUGACAUGUCAAGAAAGUGUGUAUAGUUAUAUGAUUUGCAUGUAUUUGGAACAAAUGUAAGAAAAGCAAUAAAUCAAAAGACAGAAUUGAAAUGUGCAUGGUUAGGAAUUUUUCAGCAAAAGGCAACAAUGUGACAUGCUAAAAAUUGCUUGACAGGAAAGCAAAGAUGAUUUCUUUGAGUGAAAGGUUUAGUCGUAACAAGGCUGUUGCUGUGGACAGUGCUGAGAGUGAAACAGACUUCUCUGAUGAUAGCUUAUUUCCAAAAAGGUCAUUCAGUACUUUUAGUUAUUCUGACACACCACCCCUGUCAUUUAUUGCUAAUUUUAAAAACAAAAUAACUCAAAAUAUUGAGGAAGAAGAUACAGAAGAAAGUGAUGAUGAAGUUCUUGAUAUGCCUGCAGAUUGGAUGGAACAUUUCCAAAAAGUUCUACAGAAUUGCAGAAACCUGAGUGGCAACCAUGAAAAUCAAGUUUCUCUUUCUGAUAAUGUUCCACAGACUAAUAAUAGUUUGCCUUUGGAGUAUUUGAAAAAUAGCAUUGAUCAAUAUAAUAAAAACUUGGCAGUCAAUGAUGAUCUUAUUGUGGAACGGAAUGAAAAUGAAUUUGAUUUAUUUGAUGAGAAUGUGAAUGUUGCAGUUAAAAAAGAUAACAAAUUUGUUGAGACACAAAUUGAUAUAGACCCUGAAAACAAGAUACAUUACAAUGAUUUAGGAAAUGCAUACUCGUUUAAAAAUGAUGCUGUAACUGAAUUUUCUGGGCCUGUUACGGAGAAGGUAACAACCUUGAAAUCAGUUCAUAAUGUGGAUGAAUCCAUACCAGAUGCAGGUGAAGAAGUUAAUAAUAAUUGCAGUGAAAUUGAUACAUCUCAUGUUGAAAAGGAUGAUGGGCAAAACGCAUUGCUUGACAACAACAUUGACAUAAAAGCUAAAGAUGAACUAUCCAUUUCUAUUGCUCAAAAGACUGCAUCAAAUACCAAACAAGAUAUUCUUAGAGAUGACAAUAUUGGACAUAGAAAUGACAAUGUCAAAUAUAUAGAUGGAAUGGAAAAAUGCCUAAGAAUUGAAAGAGAAACAAAAGACACCGUUCAACAAGAAACACAGCACUCUUUGAUAGCAGAUGUUAAAGAAACAGGAGGCAAUGAUACUGUUCCAAAAGAAAUUUCAAGAAACAACCAGAAUAUUGAAAUAGAUAAUGACAAUGAAAUUGAAUUUGACUUAAGAAAAGAAGCUAAUGCUCAAACUCCAGCUGUGCAUGCAGACACUUGUUCAGAAGAGUUAAGUGACAUGUAUGAUCAUGAAAAUAGCAAAAUGCUGUCUGCCAGUUUAGAAAAAGUGUCACCCACAAUCUUGACAGAGGCUAAAUCUCACAAAAAGGAGAAACAUAUUACAGCUAGUUCUACAGAAAUUGAUGCAUCACCAAAAUGUGAUCAGGAAAAGGUUCAAAGUAAGAAAAGUGAGCCAAAAAUAGAAACAAAAGGUAUAAAAGUAGCACAAAAGAUAAACAAAGAUCAGUUGAAAAGUAGUUUGGUUUCCCAAUCAAAAAAAGGACCAGCAAAAGUAAAGACAUUGAAAAUAAAACCUACAUUUAGUUUUCCUUUAGAUGAAUUGCUACCUCCUGUGCCAACAGAAAAACAAAAGGCUGUAAAAGUAAUAAAAGAUGAAACUAUAUCUAAUAAUAGAGAAAAGCAUGACUUUCAGUUCAAUGAAACAGCAGAAGAUAUACCUUCAGUUGAAAGCAGUUUUAAUCCUGUAGCACCCAUUGUAUUUAAUGAAGCUGAUGUUUUCCAUGGUACUGUUUAUGACAAUUCCCCAGGUGAUGAAAGACUUCCAGAUGAAUAUCAAGUCCAGCAUGGUAACUUUGAAGGUCAUGAAGGAAUGGCUAUGGCAGGGUUUUCAGGUGUACAGACUGGUGAUGAAGAGUUGGAUACAGGUAUGGCAAAUCUUAUUGCGGCAUUGCAAAGUGGUGAUCAACAGGUAGUGUCAGUAUUCCAGGCUGCUUUGCAUGACCAGAUUGGUUUAAAUUUAGAAGCCCUUGCCGCUAAAGCCAGAAGUGGAUGCCAGGUAGCCUCUGCCUCUGAAAGUGGAGAAUCUUCAUUGUUUGGAUUUUACACAGAAAGAACAAAUAGCAGUAAUACAAAUAAUCCGGAUCAAACUGGUGACAACCAGACAAAUGAAAAAUAUGAUGAACUCUUUGCUUUGUUGGUUGAACAGUGCUCUGCACUUGUGAAAACUGAAGAAGAUAGCAGUAAACUAAAAUCUUUAUUGAAAUUGCUGCAGAAAGAGAGUGAAAUGAAGUUGACAAAGAAUAUUUUCCUUCCGGAAGUGGAGGCCCAAUCCUCUCAACCUGAUGUAAGUCAUUCUGAUCAGGAGAGUGUGCAAAGUGAGAAAAGUAUGUCCUGUCAACAGGAAACAGAUCUUUUUGAAGGUAGGACAUUGUUGAAAGGAGGGGUCGAGCCCAGACACAUACCUAAAACAACUGUUCGCAAACAUGGACAAGAACGCCCUAAAGAUCCAAGGGUUAAUAUAUUUUUUGAGAACAAUAAACGUCAAAUUAAAUUACCUUUACCAUCUUUUGCUGUAGAACUGUAUGGAGAAAAGAAGGUUAAAAGAAUUCUCCAUCUUGAUUGGGAUGCUCAAUGCAGUAAUGAUGGAAGUCUUGCAACUUUAGUAAAUGAGAAAGAUCCAAGGAUGAAAAGAUUGUCUCCAGUUGAUUCUCAGAUUAUACUGAUAGGUGAAGCAGCAAAGUCUCUGGUUGAUACAUUGCAAAUUGCAAAGGAAACUUUGAGUGAUCAAAUUGUUCACGAUAACAAAAGUCAAUCUAGUGUAAAAAGCCAAGAUACUGAUGCCAAAAAUGUUGAAACUAAUCAGGACAAGGCGUUGAAUACCGCGUUUGUUAACAUUAUUAACAAAACAGAAACUGUAGCAACUAAAGCUAUACCGGUUUUGAUUACACCUCAAAAGGAAGCAGAUACAUCAAGAUGUGUAAAAUCUGUUGACAGAAAUUCUGUAUUGCACUGUAUUGAUCUACAGAAAAGUUUCUUAGCAAAUGAACAAAAAUUCGACAAGAGGAUAAAUGUAGGUGUUGUUAAGCCAUUGCUUGAAAAGCAAACAUCGAAAGAAAAUAAGCCUUCAGUUGGAAUAGUAAAACCAAUUCAAUUAAAAACAUCCAUGAUUAAAUCAGAGACAAAAUCAAAGGAGGACAGAGCCCCAAAUGCAGUAACAAGUAAGCAGUCAGUAAAAACCCAAACUGGGUUCGACAACACAAAAGGUAAAAUUGAAGAAAAUAAAACUGAGCAAGUUAAAAUGUUACCAUUAGGAAGAAAUCCAGACAUUGAUCCAAUUGUGAUAGACUCCGAUUCUGAAGAGGGAGAAAUAAAAAAGGAUGACAAGGGACAAGUAUUUGAAAGUGAGAGGUCCAAAACAUCACAAAGACACAAAAGCGCCAUAGUAAAAUAUGAUUCUAAAUCUGAAAAAGACAACCAGAAAAAUGCUUCUCAAGGUAGGGUUAGAAAAGUUGGAAAUAACAACAUAGUGAGUGCAAAUUUUUCUGACAUAUCAAGUUAUGAAGAUGGUGAAAUUGACACACUGCUGGAUAAGUCUUUUCAUGAAAAAAUAUCUGUACCAAAAGAUAGUAAAGAUAAAAAGAAACCAUAUAGAUUAUAUCGAAAGAGGGAAAGGUCUUCUUCUAGGUCUUCUGUAGAAAGCAGAGUGUCACAUCAUUCAUACAGUUAUAACAGACAAGAGGAAAGAAAACAUUAUAACCAGACUUCAUCAAAUAGAAGUAUAAGUAAAGAGAAAUCAAAGGAAAGUGAUAGAUCAAGAAGUCGAGACAGAAGUAGAAAAAGAAGCCAUUCUAAAGAAACAAAUGGCAGUAAUCAGAAACAUAGGCAUAGACAUCAUACAAGUAAGGAGAGCACCUCCUACAGAGACUAUUCAUACAGGUCAGAAACUACAAAAAGGCAUCACAGUAUUGAUAAUGAAGAAAGGAGAAGGCAUAAAACUGAAGGUGAUAACACUGCUGUUGAAUCUUUUAAAAAAAUUUAUAAAACAAAAGACUUUUUUAAGUCAGAAUUCUCAGGUAAAUCACACGAAAAGACCAGAAUACCUGAGACAGUGACAAUUCAAAAUAUUGGCAAUGAAGACUCUCUCAGUGAUGGAGACAUUGCAAAGGAAUAUCAUGAAAUAUUCGGAAAACCUAAACAACAGUCUUUUAGUUCUUUUGAUAAAGAUACCAAACUGUGCAUUGAAACAAGCUUCUGCAAAUCAGAAUUUGAAAAACCUUUACAAACAGAUAGAUUAGGUACUAGUCAUAGCAAAGGAAUAAAUUUAUCAGAAAAGGAAUUUUCUUAUCAAUUACCUAUUAAAACAAGACGGAAAAGCUCAGAAGAAAUACAAAAGGAAGUGUUAGAGGAUAAGAAAUUUUUAGAAAACUGCAAGAAAAAGAUUUUAGGCUCUUCCUCAAAAGGUGCCAAAGAAUUUGAUAAAAACUGUAUGAAACAAAAUGAAUCAACUGUCCUGAAAAGGCAACCAGCUUUAUGUGGCUUGUCAAUGAGUGCUUCGACUCGGUCCACAGAAUUGGAAGAAGGCGAAAUUUAGAUGACACAUGAGAUUUUUUAAUUUCUUUUUUUACUGCCUUUGGCAGGAAUUAUUAUUUUUAUCUAGACCAUUUGAAGAAUUAAGUGGGUCUAUCUUGCUUACUCCAGCCUAAGCCUACCACUUGGUUAAUGUUUUGUGUGACUUUUAAUAUCUCAUUAACCACUGAAGGUAUUCUUGGUCAAUGUUUACAUGUAAGUUUUACAUAUGUCAAUAACUAUCAGAGAUUUUGAUUUUAAACUUCACAUAUGCAUGAAGGGUCAUAAUUGUAUGUCACUGACCAAGUUCCAUAAUUCUAUCUUGCAUUUAGGCUGAUUUAUCUCCCCUUUUCUACUUAGUCUCUUGGUUAAUGUUUACAUGCAAUUUUACAUAUCUCAAUAACUAUCAAAGAUAUUUAUUUAAAACUUCACAUAUGCAUUUAGGGUGAUAAUUGUAGGUCACUAACCAAGAUCCAUAUUUCUAUCUUGCAUUUAGGCUGAUUUUUCUCCCCUUUUUCAACUUCGAAAUUCAUGGCUAAGUUUUUGCUUGUAAGCUGUUAUCUCCAUAACUACUGAAGGGUUUGUGCCUUUUUUUGGACAAUUUUAUGCAUUCAUAAUAAUAAAGCAGUGAUUUACUUGAUAAAACAUCUUAAUAACAACCCUUUGUACCUUUUUGGACAAUUUUAUGUAUUCAUAGGUAUGCAUUAAUAUACUCAAUAAAACACCCUUGUGACAACUUUUUCGAAUAGUCGAGUGUUACUGUCCUCCGACAGUUCUUGUUAAUAUUAAAAAGUUCAUCUUGAGCUCAUUUGAAUACAUUUGAAUAUAUUCCAAUGAAGAUAAUAAGAUAAUGGUUCAAACAUUUUUGUCUUUUCUUAUAAAAACACUGGAUUAUUUUGUUUGUUAUUUAAAUUUAAAUUGUACUGAUAUUAUUAUGCCCCCACUUGUCUUGAGGGUGUUAGAUUUGCCCUUGUCUGUACGCCUAUGAGUGCAUUCCUAUGUUUUAUCAUAUGUAGCUCUAAUAAUCAACAAACUUUACAGAAUCUUGAUCAGAAUGUGAAGUUGUGCACCAAAGGUUUUAUGUGUGUAUAAAUAUAGAUUUGUCAGAGUUAUUGCCCUUGACUUAAUUUGACAUUUGCAUCGUGCAGCGUCCAAAAAGUAUUUAUUUUGACCUGGAGUAAUAAAACUUUACAGGAAUGUUGGUUGGCAUGUGCACCUAGGGGGUUUGUUUGUGCAUUUAUUCAGUAUUUGUUGAUUUAUUGCCCUUGAUUUGGUAAAUAUUUCGCAAUUUUUAAAUUGUGUCGCACAUAGCCCAAAAAGUAUUGGACUUACAACCAUUAAACUUUACAGGAAUAUUGGUCAGCAUGUGUAGUUAUGCAUCUGGUGGUUUUGUUUGUAUAUUUAUUCAAAAUUUGUAGAGUAAUUGCCCUUGACUUAACAAAAAUAGUUCCAAUAUGUGUGAUGUGUACCUCUGAAUGUGCUUGAGCAAGAAUCAACAAACUUUACAGGAAUUUGAUAAGCAUGUGAAGUUGUUUUUCAAGAGUUAUUGCCUUGACUUGGUAUCAGUUUGAAAUUGUCAAUUUGUGUCGUGCGUAGCCCAAAAAAAGUAUUUCACGGGGAGUCACGAAAAUUUACAGGAAUUGGUCAGCAUGUGUAUUCACUUGGACUUUACAGGAAUUUGAUAAGCAUGUGAAGUUGUUUUUCCAGAGUUAUUGCCCUUGACUUGGUAUCAAUAUGCAAUUGUCAAUUUGUGUCGUGUGUAGCCCAAAAAAGUAUUUCACCUGGAGUCAUGAAAAUUUACAGGAAUUGGUCAGCAUGUGUAUUCACUUGGGGUUAGCUUGUUGAUUUAUUUAGUAUUUGUAGAGUUAUUGCCUUGACUUGGUAAUUUUUCAAAUUGUUUAUUGCAUAACUAAAAAAAUCUUUGACAAAGAGUCGUGAAACUUUACAGGACAAUUGGUCAGUAUGUGUAGUCGUGCAUCUGGGGCUUUGCUUGUUUUUUGUGUCUUUUAAGCAUACUUUACAAUAUAAAAUUGAGAUUUGAAAUACUAAAUAUUAUGAAAAAUCAAGAUGUAAACAUUGGAUGUUGUUUUUAUGCCCCAACCACAAGGGGAUAGGGGGAGUCAUGUAGAGGAUUUCCUUUGUCUGCCCUGUGUCAUACUGUCCUGCUGUACGUCAGUAGACUGACAAAACAGUGUGGUGUGGGGGGCAUCUGUGUCCUAUGCAGACAUUUCUUGUUCUGUAUUCUUAAGAUGAUUUUUAAUUGGAAAAGACUUCAUACAUGUAGUAUAAACAAAGUAUUAGUGUUCAGUUUAAGGCUGUAUGUUACAUUGUUAUACUUUAUUGUAAAGUUAAUACAUGCAAGUUCUUUGAUAAGCUAUAAUCAAUUAUUUUGUUAUGCCCCCAUUUCAAAGAAAAGGGGGUAUAUUGCUUUGCACUUGUCGGUCCGUCGGUCCGUAGACCAAAUGGUUUCCGAGUGAUAACUAAAGAACCCUUAGGCCUAGGAACUUCAAACUUGGUAUGGUGAUUGGUCAUGACCAGUAGAUGACCCCUAUUGAUUUUGGGGUCAAGGGGUCAAAGGUCACAUUGACCUUGUAAGCAAAAACGGUUUCCGAUCAAUAACUAAAGAACCUUAAGGCCUAGGAACUUCAAACUUGGUAUGGUGAUUGGUCAUGAUCAGUAGAUUGACCCCUAUUGAUUUUGGGGUCAAGGGGUCAAAGGUCAAGGUCACAUUGACCUUGUAAGGAAAAACGGUUUCCGAUCAAUAACUAAAGAACUUUAAGGCCUAGGAACUUCAAACUUGGUAUGGUGAUUGGUCAUGAUCAGUAGAUGACCCCUAUUGAUUUUGGGGUCAAGGGGUCAAAGGUCAAGGUCACAUUGACCUCUUGGGUAAAAAUGGUUUCUGAUCAAUAACAAAAGAACCCUUAGGCCUAGGAACUUCAAACUUGGUAUGGUGAUUGGUCAUGACCAGCAGAUGACCCCUAUUGAUUUUGGGGUUAAGGGGUCAAAGGUCAAGGUCACAUUGACCUUGUAGGUAAAAACGGUUUCCGAUCAAUAACGAAAGAACCCUUAGGCCUAGGGACUUCAAACUUGAUAUGGUGAUUGGUCAUGAUCAGUAGAUGACCCUAUUGAUUUUGGGGUCAAGGGUCAAAGGUCAAGGUCACAUUGACCUCUUAGGUAAAAACGGUUUCCGAUCAAUAACUAAAGAACCCUUAGGCCUAGGAACUUCAAACUUGGUAUGGUGAUUGGUCAUGACCAGCAGAUGACCCCCUAUUGAUAUUGGGGUUAAGGGGUCAAAGGGCAAGGUCACAUUGACCUUGUAGAUAAAAAUGCUUUCCAAUCAAUAACUUAAGAACCCUUAGGCCUAGGAACUUCAAACUUGGUAUGGUGAUUGGUCAUGACCAGCAGAUGACCUAUUGAUUUUGGGGUCAAGGGGUCAAAGGUCAAGGUCACAUUGACCUU